AUGUUCUUCCUCUCACCCGCCAUCAUAGUCCCACCUAUAGAAACUAUGCAGUUCACCACCGCCUUCCUCGCCCUCGCCGCCUUCGCCGUCAGCCAGGUCUCCGCCAACGCGUCCAUCGUGCGCCAGUUCAACGCGCUCGGCGCGACCGACCAGGGCGCCCUCCACACCUGCCUCAACAACUACCGCACCGACAACUGGGACGGGAUGAACUGCGGCGGGCGCGGGUGGUUCAAGGGCACGCACGACUACAAGAGCCCGGAGAACUGCUACGACGCGUGCGCGGGGUUGCUCGUGCAGGCGAUUGACCAGGGCGCGUCGGACGUCGAGUGCGACGACAAUGAGGGCGGCGCGAAGUGCUGGAUGGGCUUCCACUAG